UCAGUUCUCAGCAUUUCAUCGUCUAUUCGGCUUCGAAAAUCCUUAGCGCAAGCACUUGCAUAUUCCUGCCUUUGAAGUUUCCAACAUUCUUUUAACUGUUUACUUUCUUCGUAUAUUCCUCCCGAGUUGCAAUUUUUUAAGUAAAUAUGGUUGCAGACCUUAGAAAUCAAAACCAGUUGUUGUCUAAAAUGGCUAUUGGUGAUGGGCAUGGGGAAAAUUCUCCUUAUUUUGAUGGGUGGAAGGCGCACGACGAAUAUCCAUACCAUCCCAUAAAGAGACCUGAUGGAGUUAUACAGAUGGGUCUUGCUGAAAAUCAGGUGAAUUUUGCAAGCCUGCGCCAUAAACAAUAUGGGAUUUGUCUCCAUUAAUCGAAUUGAUCAAAGAAACAGGAACUUAUUAAGGGUUUUAACUUUUAAGAGCCAUACCUCUCUGAAUUCUGGCAAUCCAUGGUAAUCCUGAAAGAUAGCAGUAUCCUUGAAAUUUAAUACACCGACUGGCGUGCAAAUAGAGGCUUUUGGGUUUUUCCUAAGCCAGUCUUGAAUCAAAUCAAAGCAAAGCUGCAUUCACAGAACAAAGUUAACAAUUAGUU